AUAACAAUAAUAAAAAUAAUAAUAAUAAGAGAAAGACAAACCAAAACAAAAAUCCAGUUAUACGAAAUCGUAACGUCAGUGCUAAUAAAAAAGUUUCCUCCUCUUAAAACAAAUCUAAAUUAUAAGUCCUCCAAAAAUAUUUAACUUUAAAUACAUUUCCAAAAUUAAAAAAAAAAAAAAAAUUAUUAAUUAUAAGCGUGUGAACGUAUGUGAAUGGUUGCGCCCAUCAGCCUCAUAAAUCACUUUAAACUAAAAAUAAAAUAUUAAAAAAAAAAAAAAGAAACAAAAAACAAAACUUUUCUGACACAAAUAUUUAUAAAAACCCGAUACCAGCGUGCUCUAGUAUACAUCAAAGUUCCCCUAUUAGAAAUAUAAAGAAAAAAAUAACAAAAUAGAAAUUAAAAAAAAUUAUUUUAUUAUAAAAUAAAUUCGUGUAUUUAUUGAAUAUUGUCAAGAAAAGGAAAAACUCUACAACAAAAUUCAUAAAAUGUUGCAUGAAGCUUUAAUGUUAGAAAUCUAUCGCCAGGCUCUUAACGCUGGAGCUCUACCUACUGCUCGUCCACGUUCCACAGAUUCAGCCAACUCAAGUGAACGUUGUCCAUCUCAUGAAUCGAAUUCCUCCGAAAAUGGUAAAGAGUCCCGAGAGAAUGCAGUUAGUAGUGCAGCAGCAGCGGCAGCGGCCGCAGCUGUAGCCGGUGUCUUACCUCUGCCCAAUUCUCCGACUGCGACUUUUCCGACUUUGCCAAAUAUACCUGCACAGCCGCCUUCCAUGGAAGCAUAUCUACAUAUGGUAGCAGCAGCUGCCCAACAAUACGGAUUUCCUUUAGGACCAGCAACCGGUCCAAGACUGCCUUUACCUCUACCCACGGAAAGUUCAGCGUCUUUUAAGUUACCACCGCAAGCAUCACCCACAGCUUCGAGUAAUAAUUCAGAGGCUUUGGACUUUCGCACUAACCUAUUUGAUCGCUCCGCAUCCGUAGAGCCGCCCGCUUCAGAUGAAGACGAAGAGGAAGAGAAUGCAGACAACCCCUUAGAUUUAUCAGUAGGUACAAGAAAACGUUUAGCUGAUGAUGCAGCUGAACCAGACUCGACUAUAGGUCAAAUUCAGGUUAAAAAAAUCUUCAAGUCAGAUAGUCCACCAAUGUCAGCUGUUCCAACUUCAGGUGCGGCUAAUCAAGUACCUACUACACCCAUGUUGCCCAGUGUUAAUCCCUACCUCGCAGCCGUGGCAGCAGCAAAUAUUUUUCGUGCUGGUCAGUUUCCCGAUUGGAAUGGUAAAAGUGAUCUCGUUGUCGAUCCGUUGGAGAAAAUGUCCGAUAUCGUUAAAGGUCCGCGUAAGGAGAAACCUACCCGAUCUUCUGGGCCAAGUGUUUCGACAGCAGCUGGUGUAAAUCCUGUGGCUCCACCUCCUCCUCCCGUUCCGACAAGUACGGCUGCUCCUUUGCCCGCCUCAAAUGAGGGCAUAACUAAAACUCGUCACAAUAUAUGGCAAUCUCAUUGGCAGAACAAGGGUGUGGCUAGUUCAGUGUUUCGCUGCGUUUGGUGCAAGCAAAGUUUCGCAACACUGGAAGCAUUAACAGCUCACAUGAAGGACAGCAAACACUGCGGUGUUAAUGUUCCACCAUUCGGAAAUCUUCCUACUACGGCCGAUAGAACACCAAUGUCCUCUGCUCAAGCCCCGUCCGGUGGUCAAGGUCAUAUGCGACAAACAUCAAAUAAAUCUAACGCAAAUACACCCUCUGCAGCUGCUAAGAAUGCAUUCCAAUAUAGAGGCGAUCCCCCCACUCCACUUCCCCGUAAAUUAGUACGCGGUCAAAAUGUAUGGUUGGGCAAAGGCGUCGAGCAAGCAAUGCAGAUCUUAAAAUGCAUGCGCUGCGGUGAAAGUUUUCGUUCACUAAGUGAAAUGACCAAACACAUGCAAGAAACUCAACACUAUACUAAUAUUCUCUCGCAAGAGCAAACGAUCUCUAUGAAAUCGUCCUCCACUACAGGUGAUAAUAAAGAUGGUCAGAAUAGCUUGAGUUCCGAAGAAAGUCGCACACUUAGUGCAGUGCUGACGUGCAAAGUUUGCGAUAAAGCUUUUAACUCCCUAGGGGAUCUUAGCAAUCACAUGGCAAAAAAUAAUCAUUAUGCCGAACCAUUAAUGCAGUCCAUGGGUGGAGCAGGUAACAGGAAACGUCCAGCGCCUAAAAAGAGGGAAAAAUCUUUACCCGUACGCAAACUAUUGGAAAUGAAAGGAGCUCAAAUGGAACAAGAACAUCAGGAAAUGGACAUGAAAUUACAACGACCUGGCUUGGGUCCAAGUCCCGACAAAACUGAGGCUGCGUUGUUCGCUGAGCGCAUGCAUCAAUUUAUUUCAAGUGUGAAGACAGCUGGGGAGAAUGCAAAAACUAAUUUAAGUGUCAAUAAUUUAAUUUCCAAAACCAAAUCUCCUGAGAUAAUGGAACCAAAAAAUGGCGCCAACAAAUCGACGACUGGUACAUCGUCGGUCUUAAGCGCCAUAGAGCAAAUGUUCACAACCAGCUUUGACACGCCUCCUAGACACGCCACGCUACCAGCAAACAGUCCUUCCAAUUCGUCUACCAAAAAUACCUCGCCUGUAGCUUCAAGUAUACUCAAGCGUUUAGGCAUUGAUGAAAAUGUUGACUACAAUAAACCAUUAAUUGAUACAACAGAUCCUUAUUAUCAGCACUACCGUUAUACAAGCAGUGAGAGAAGUGCUAGCGAAUGUAGUGCUGAGACGCAUGUUGAAACACGCAAAUUAGAAAAUCCUACACCAGAGAAAAUGCAUAUUGAAGAACCGUGUUCUCAUAAAACGGAUUAUGGCCUAGAAAUUAAGAAGGAACCUGGAGCCGAAAAAUUGUUCGUUGAAGUUCUACACACCGAAGAGCAUGGCAGAGGCGAACGUGUGCCAAAAAUUAAAAUGGAAAUCAAGUCCGAAGUCGAUGAGGAUGACGAGCGGAAAAGCCCUAAGAUCAAAAUAAAUGAUGUAACCGCUAACGGCACCGACUAUAGCAACAAUAACACCAAAGAAUGUAAUGUAACCUCGCCUAAGGAUAUAAGUCCUGUACCUCGUACAUUGCCUCCGCGUAGUCCCACCGAUAGCCAUCGCUCCAUAACUCCUAAAUCCCCAGCUUCAAGUAUCAAAUCUUACGAUGGUGGUGAAAAGAAAUAUCCAAGUGAUUCUUUAAAUGCUCUAUCUUCCAUGUUCGAUUCUUUGGGCAGUAACGCUUCGUCUUCCACCAGUAUUGGAAAUCGAAAUUCAGCGGCGACCAGCUCAAUGCUCAGCAAUAAGAUCGAUUCGCCAGAUAAUCUAAGCACCUCCAAUUCUCUUGCCGCCCUACGUCAAUUCUGUAUUAAGAAAGAGAAAACUGCUUAAAUUCUCGUAUUCGUUUUCGUUUUCAGUUUGUUUAAAACUACACGGAAGAGAAAAAGAGAGUCGCUCGUCAGCUACACACAAAUGUGUCUUCACAAAACAUUUGUUUUUUGUUUUGCUCUAAUUUCGUUGGUGUUUGCCAGCCGCCACGAAUUUUACUGAUUUCUGUUUUCCACACAAUGGUGUUUGCGCCAAAGGCAAGAGUCCUUUUAAUCAAAUGGUCCGCCUGAAUGUGGUUAUCCUUGGAUUAUUUUUUUAAAUCUGCGAAUACAAAUAUAAAUGAAGGAAUAAACAAUAAUAAGAUUUAAAUGUGAAACUUGCUUGCUUCUCUGGGAGUGUUGUUCGUUAAUGACAAGGAAAUCGUUAGGCACAAGACCCGAGAAUGUUAAGAUCUUCGGUACGAAGAUAUACGUUUGAGCAGUUGAUUAGAAGCUGAAGAAGAAAGGGGAGCAUGCUACGGCAAAAGCCUUGCGAAACAGAGUGCACAAGGCACAGGAGCGAGAGAAAAGAAGCGAAGAUCGUCGCGCGUCCAUUUAAACGAUGACUGAUGUCCAAGAAAUGGAUCUCAAUUCUCUCUGUGUACCUUUAACAUCAAUAUUAUAAGACCAGUACUAUUACAUAGCGGAUUAAAGCCACAAUUACUCGUGCUAUCAAGAGAACAGCAUAAGUGUUUUAACUCAGAUUGUUCUCGCAUAUCCAGUGGUCACUAUGCAAAGAACACUCAAUCGUAAUAAGUCCGGAAAUUUUCGCUUACAACUAGAAACUGGACAACAUCAAAAACGUUAUGAAGGAUUACAUGGAUUAAAUCUGUUUAGUUAUGUGUGAUUUCAAAAAAAAACUGAAUGCCGACAAAAUUUGCUGUAACAUCAGCCCUUUUCAGGGCUGCAAUUAACUACGAUAAAAAGAGAUGAAAUUUUGAAGCGUUUUAGCAUAAAACUAAUUUCUCAAAAAUGACAAAGAUAUCUUCUAGUGUCUUAAACCAAUAAAACUGGGGUCGAUUCGUUCACGUUCUCGAGCUAGCUCACGUGACGAAACAUAAGAGAGACAGAAUCGUUUUUUGGGUUCGUGGUACUCGAUUGCUGUCGUAUCAACUUAAGGUUAACAUUCAUUGUAUGUUCAACAAAUGUGAUAUCGUCGUCGUCUGUGUAGCAAAAUAAUGCCGAUAA